CGACUGAGCUUAGCCGCUCCCAUCUCAACCAGCCGUUCGUAGCCACAGCUGGCAAUUCCAUACAGCCAUCGUUCAAUUGCCAAAUCCGGUGAGAUUCCAGAGAAUAUCUCCGAAGAACAAUGGGGAUUUCAAAUGCAGCAGCUCUCAUCUUCUCCCUCUGCUAAGCCUUCAUUUAAUCGCAGAGUGAAGAAUGAAAGAUGUACAGAACAAAUAUAAAAAGAGCAGAAAAGCGGUGAGAAACGUCGUGAGGAUUUUGACGUGGACGUGAAGAUUCCGUAUAUUAAUUGACAUUUCGACUAUUAUUUUAAUGGGGGAGGAGGUAAAGUCUUCUGCCGCCACUUCGCCGCAGGCGGAAAUGCCGAUCGCGAUCCCCCUACGCGACGACGACCGGGAGCCGAGCCCUAGGGCUGAGGAGCAUCCCUCAUGGUUCUCGCCUAAGAGGCUACUUGUGAUGUUUUGCGUAAUCAAUAUGCUAAAUUACGUUGACCGAGGAGUAAUUGCAAGCAAUGGUGUCAAUGGCAGCCAGAAAACUUGCACAGAGAGUGGUGUUUGCGUUGCGGGUGGUGGAAUUCAAGGAGACUUUGACCUGAGCAAUUUUGAAGAUGGAGUUCUAUCAUCUGCGUUCAUGGUUGGACUUCUAGUGGCAUCUCCAAUAUUUGCAAUCUUAGCAAAAAGCGUUAAUCCAUUUAGGCUUAUUGGAGUUGGUCUUUCAGUUUGGACAUUUGCUACUGCUGGUUGUGGAUGUGCUUUUGAUUUUUGGUCAAUAACUAUAUUCAGGAUGCUGGUGGGUGUAGGUGAAGCUUCGUUCAUAAGUCUUGCAGCUCCAUUUAUUGACGACAAUGCGCCUAUAUCACAGAAAACAGCUUGGCUUGGAGCGUUCUACAUGUGCAUUCCAUCAGGAAUUGCUCUUGGUUACGUAUAUGGUGGAGUGGUAGGGAAUGGUCUCCAUUGGCGUUACGCAUUCUGGGGAGAGGCACUCUUGAUGCUUCCAUUUGCUAUUUUUGGCUUUCUUAUACAGCCAUUGCAGCUGAAAGGUUUUUCUUCGUCAAAGCCAAAUAAGGAGAAAGUCUUGGGUGAAAUCGAUGUUGCAGAUGGUGAACAGAAUUCAAAACAUGCAGCAUCAGUUAGCUAUGAUGAUACCAGAAGAACCAAUACAGAAUCAAGGAAUUGUUCCUGCUCUGUGAUUUUUCAGAAGUUUUUGGCUCAAAAUACUAGAUUUCUGAGAGAUAUGAAGCUGCUCUUGGGGGAAAAAGUUUUUGUCAUAAACGUUCUUGGCUAUAUAGCAUACAACUUUGUUAUAGGAGCUUAUUCCUACUGGGGACCCAAGGCUGGACAAGCCAUUUAUCAUAUGAACAACGCAGAUUUGAUGUUUGGGGGAAUAACAAUUGUAUGCGGAAUCUUUGGAACUUUAGCUGGUGGUUUCAUUCUUGACCGGAUACAGUCUACAAUCUCUAAUGCUUUUAAGAUUCUCUCUGGUGCAUCUUUUCUAGGUGCAAUCUUUUGUUUUGGUGCCUUUUGUUUCAAAAGUUUGUACGGAUUUAUAACUCUUUUUGCUGUUGGAGAGCUUCUUGUCUUUGCUACACAGGCCCCUGUGAACUAUGUUUGUCUUCAUGCCGUUAAUCCUAGCUUGAGGCCUCUGUCUAUGGCCAUGUCCACUGUUUCAAUCCACAUUUUUGGGGAUGUCCCAUCGUCACCCUUGGUUGGAGUCUUACAGGAUCAUAUCAACAACUGGCGAUUCAGUGCGCUUAUAUUGACAUCUAUUCUAUUCAUUGCGUCUGCCAUAUGGUUUGCAGGUGUUUUCCUUCAUGCUGUUGAUCGGUUUGAUGAAGACAGUGAACACGGCGUUCCUCCAAUUCAGAGAUCAAACCAUACGCCAUUGCUGGACAAUAAUGCGGAGGCACCGCAGGAAUCUGCCUAAGGCGACUGGCCAUGACCGGUGAAUUGUUAUUUUACUGCUUAAAGUAACUGUUCAAAGUUCAAAUUCAUCAAUUUUAUUUCAGGAGCUUGAUGAUUUCUUUGUAUAUAACACUGGUACUUGGAAGUCUUUACUUUCGCUUGCAACAACUUGAAAGGUAAUUGUAGAUAGAUACUUUAAUUGAAACAUCAAUUGUUCACGUUCUGUUUCAGAGUUAAGCAGUCGAUUGA